GCCGGGAGUGGUUAAAUAGAGGAUGUGUGUUGCAGACCGGCAGAUUAACUCAGCUCAGCGAGCUCUGACGGUACGGCGAACCACAGCCUCCGGCUCUCUUUCAGCGUUUUAAUUCAAACCAAGGAUUUAAGCGACUCGCUUCCGUCGUCACUGUGUUGCUUUUUAUUCAGCUCCUAAAGGAAUGCCAAGAGAGCUCACCCAGAACAGGAUCCAAAAGACCUGGGUUCCCUCCAAGGAUGACAAGCGAAGAGGCACUGGAGCCCCACAUUUUGCCAACCCCCCAACCGUCAUCGUGAUGGUGGGACUGCCCGCUCGAGGGAAGACUUACGUUUCCAAGAAACUCACCCGCUACCUCAACUGGAUCGGCAUACCCACCAAAGUCUUCAACGUUGGAGAGUACCGCAGGGAGGCCGUCAAGAAUUACAGCUCCUUUGACUUCUUCAAGCCUGAUAAUGAGUCUGCUGUAAAAAUCAGGCAGCAGUGUGCCUUAGCAGCCUUGAGAGAUGUCAAGUCCUACUUGCUGGAUGAGGGAGGCCAAGUGGCAGUGUUUGACGCCACUAACACAACAAGAGAUCGGCGAGAUCUGAUCCUGAAGUUUGGUAGUGAGAACGACUUCAAGAUCUUCUUCAUCGAGUCCGUGUGUGAAGAUCCCAGCGUCAUUGCGUCAAACAUCAUGGAAGUGAAGGUGUCCUGUCCUGACUACAAAGACUGUAACAAGACCGAAGCCAUGAUGGAUUUCCAAAAAAGGAUUGAAUGCUACCGGACCAGCUACCAGCCCCUGGAUCCAGACCAGUAUGACAGGGAUCACUCCUUCAUCAAGGUGAUAGACGUGGGUCGCCGUUUUCUCGUCAACCGGAUCCAAGAUCACAUUCAGAGUAAAAUCGUCUACUACUUGAUGAACAUCCAUGUCCAGCCACGCACCAUCUACCUGUGUCGACAUGGAGAGAGCACCGACAACCUGGAAGGACGGCUGGGAGGCGACUCUGGCCUCUCACAGCGGGGCCGACAGUUUUCUGCCGUGUUGGCUCGGUUCGUUGAGGAGCAGCAGCUGAAGGACCUGAAAGUCUGGACCAGCCAGCUGUGCUGCAGCAUCCAGACAGCCGAGCACCUGGGAGUCCCCUAUGAGCAGUGGAAUGUCCUUAAUGAGAUCGACGCUGGGGUGUGUGAGGAGAUGACAUACGAUGACGUGAAGGAGAAAUUCCCUGAAGAGUUUGCACUGAGAGAUGAAGACAAAUACUACUACCGCUACCCAUCUGGAGAGUCCUACCAGGACCUGGUCCAGCGGGUGGAGCCUGUGAUCAUGGAGCUGGAGAGGCAGGAGAACGUCCUGGUGAUCUGCCAUCAGGCUGUAAUGCGCUGUCUGCUUGCUUACUUCCUGGAUAAAAGUGCAGAUGAGAUGCCGUACCUAAAGUGUCCCCUUCACACGGUCCUGAAGCUGACCCCGGUCGCCUAUGGCUGCAAAGUGGAGUCCAUCUCUCUAAAUGUGGAGGCGGUGAACACCCACAGAGACAGACCAGAGGAGGUUAAAAGGGGUCCUGGCACUUUGAUCAGGAGGAACAGCGUGACUCCUCUGACCAGCCCGGAGUCUCACAUCAAGAAACCUCGCAUCGAGGACCUUGACGAGGCUCCCAUCCAGGAGCUACCCAACUCUGUAGCAUCACUGGCCCUCUGCACCUCCCCGCACAUUCCCCUUGCUCUGGCUGGACAGCACUGGCUGGGCAAAGUUUGCCUACGCACCAUCCUCCACUAUCUAAAGGUGGUUUUCCAUCUUAGUUUUCAAAGGUAAACACAGAGUCUGCAGAUGCUUUAUACAGUCCCUUGUUAAAGUAUUCACACCCCAAGAUGUUUUAACAUGCAGUUUUUUUUAUUAUUUACAUUACAAAAAGCUGAAAACUGGCAUGAGUUUAUUUAGAGCCCCACCAUCUGCUUCAGUUACAGACAUUUCUUUGCUGUGUCUCCCACAGAAGACCUCGAUUGGUUUCUUUUCAAUCUUCCAUAAAGGCUAAAUUUCUAAACACGGGGUUUCUGCAAAGUCUGAAACUUAAUGAUCGACAUUUCUGACCUUUAAAGUCUUAAAUAUGUCUAGAUUACUUUUUUUCUCCAUUAAAAUGUCUUCCAUACCAAUAUAAAAAAAAAAAAGUUCAUUUGUGUUUUAGAAAUGAAGCACGAUUCUGUUCAUAAAACUCUUACAGGAUUUUAAGCAACUAACCGUUCUGCACUACUGGCUCCCUCAUCAUUGGAAAGCUAUAUUUGCCUUGCUAAAGUUAACUAGAAAUAAUAGUGAAAAAAGAACAUUAAUCUUAAAUGUAACUUUGUGAAAUGAUCAGAUACCCUAAGGCAGGGGACCUCGGAGUGUGAUCGGUUGCACUGGGUUUUAUUUGGGGGUAACGAUAAAGUGGACUGAAUAAAAUUGCACACCAGACUUUUCAGAAUACAAAAAAAAAUUGGGACAUGUCAUCACAUUAUUGCACUACUGUCUCAUGAAAUGCAUUAUGGGGAAUGAAUGCUCGCAUAGUUCUGUAGUUCUUUCUGCUGCCACAUGCUAGAAACAACUCUGCUAGCGUCUACUUCAAAACAAAUCUUUGAAACUACCUAGGAGAACCUGCUUCUGCUAGAUCUUCUAGUCUUACACAUAUAAUACCAACAGCUUCAUCAGCUGAAGGCUACCAACGGGUUUCCAUCCACCAAGGUGAGUGGAGCGGACCAGUUGGAGCUAGUUCUGAUGGCACGUUAGGAAACUAUGUUGCAGGGUGUGCUUUUAGCUGUCCUUAGCUGUGGGAUACAGUGGAGAACCUGUUCACACACCUGCAUACGAACACUUCAUCUCCUCUACAAAUAUCACAGGGGAAGUUUGGGGCUGGAAAAGGUGACCUUGGUUUCAGGGUUGCAUCAUGUCGUCCAGCCUGAGGGCAUCUGUGCAGUUGUGCUUGUUUUAACAGCUUUAGUCGGCUACUUGGUGCAUACCUGUUGGAUGACCGUAUGCAUGAGGAAUCUAAGCUUUUGUUUGCUCUUCUGUUUGU